AUGGGCUCGGUCACUGACUUGGGUCCGGAAUAUUGGGUCAAGAAUCUGGUUCAAACUGCUCUUGGUCACUCCGCAAAGAGGGUUCGCAUCAGCCCUCGCCUUGAGAUUAGCAGUCUUGUGGAACUUGGCCCCCAUUCUGCCCUGCAGGGUCCAUUGAGACAGAUUCUUGAGCAAACUCCGGGACGUCAUCAGAACAUCCGAUAUGUCAGCGUCUUGAAGAGGAAGGGAGAUGCUGUCAAAACGGCUGUUCAGGCAUCAGGUACACUCGCCUGUGUUGGGUAUCCCGUCGACUUCUCCGCCAUCAACCAGUACCAUGAGCUUUCCCUCAAGGAGCAUACGCCCUUGGUAGAUCUGCCUUCUUAUUCCUGGAACAGAGAUAGGGUCUUCUGGCAGGAAUCAGCAGCUGUUGCUGCGUACAGAAACCGGAAGAUCCCGCGUCUCGAUCUCCUGGGAGUACUCGAUGAAAAUUCGACACUGAGUGAGCCCAGCUGGAAGAAUUACCUGAGGAUCUCUGAACAGCCUUGGAUUGAGCACCACAAGUUUCAGGGCACCAACCUCUACCCAAUGGCGGGCAUGAUCGUCAUGGCAAUCGAGGGUUUACGCCAGAUACUCAGCCUUUCAGAGGUCAAGGGCUACCAGUUCCGUGAUGUCACUGUGCAUCAGGCUUUGGUUGUUCCGUCGGACCAGUCUGUACAGACGAAGCUUGAUAUCAGACCCUGGCGCCAUGGUUCCAGAGCACGGACCGUGGUGUGGAGGGACUUUUCAGUGUCAAGUCGGAGUCAAGACGGAGCUUGGACUACCAACGCUACUGGGCUGGUCUGUGUGGAGAUGAAGGCGUCCAAGCCAGACUCUUCCAUCUUUGUUGACGAGGAAAAGGAAGCUGCCAAGGAGUUGAAGGAUCGGCUAAGCCGGGUCGAUGCCAUGCCACUCGAGACCCAAGAUACAGAUGAGUUCUAUUCAGAUGUUUGUGCCUCUGGCCUUGAUCUCGGACCAAGCUUCCGUUGCGUCUCGCAGCUCAAGGCCCAUGGUACCGAUGCCACCUUUGUGUUGACGGUCCAAAACACCAAGAAAUGGGCCCCUCUAGAGUUUGAGCAUCCACACUUGCUGCACCCAGCCACCCUUGACGGCUUCGUGCACUUGCUCAUCUCGAGCGCGGCGGGUACAAACGGCUUGUUCAGUGCAAGAGUCCCCGUCUUUGUGGAGUCACUUGAGAAUGAAGAUGCCAACGGGCCGUCAGUUACGCGCCCAUUCCAAGCUCAAGGUCAGGCUGACGUGCAACUUCGAAUUCGUCAUCCUGGAGCGCUCGACUCCCUUGACUUUGUCGAAACUGCUCCUCAAGAGGAACUCCUCGAAGACUACGAGAUGGAGAUGGAGAUCAAGACUGUCGGCCUCAACUUCCGUGAUGUCAUGGUUGCUAUGGGACAACUUCAAGAUGAUGUGCUCGGCAUUGAAUGCGGCGGAAGGGUUAUUCGUCUGGGGCGGCAGGUCAAGAACUUUGCUCUGGGAGACCGCGUGUUUGGAAUGCAUCGAGGAUGUUUCAAGAGUUCCAUCAGGGUUGACGCUCGUACUUUCGAAAAUAUCCCUAGCGGAACCAGUUACGACGAAGCUGCGACCAUACCCUGCACGUUUGGAACAGCGUACUACGCACUCCAUGAUGUCGCCCAUCUCCAGCCUGGAGAGUCUGUCCUGAUUCACUCGGCAGCUGGAGGCGUUGGUCAAGCUGCUAUCCGUGUGGCACAGCACAUCGGGGCUACCAUCUACGCAACCGUGUCGACCUCUGAGAAACGAGACAUUCUUAUCAACACCUACGGGCUACUCCCUUCCAACAUCUUGAACAGCAGAGACCUUUCGUUCAAACGCGGCGUCCUCCGUCUAACUGAGAAUCGGGGCGUGGAUGUGGUUCUCAACUCACUGGCCGGCGAAGCUCUUCGACAGAGCUGGCUUUGCGUAGCGCCAUUUGGUCGCUUCAUCGAGCUUGGCAAGCGAGACAUGUAUGACAAUACUGAUCUUGAUAUGCUCCCGUUCGCAACAAACAUCACAUUCUCCGGAGUCGACCUUUUGAUGAUCAACAAUGACUAUCCCUUGCGUUUCCAGCAGAUCAUGCGCAAUGUGGUUUCGUUGAUGAACAAGGGCGUUGCUCAGCCGCUGCCGUUGACGCGGUUUAGCCUUGAGAAUAUCACGGCAGCUUUCCGUACGAUGCAGUCGGGCAAGCACAUGGGCAAAUUGGUGAUCAACUGCGAAGAAGCCAAUGCUCUUCCGGUGGUGCCGGCAAGUCUCGACUCUUUCAGAUUUCCCAAGCAGGCCACAUACGUUCUUGUUGGUGGCUUGGGAGGCAUUGGUCGCUCCAUUGGUAAGACGAUGGUCGACAUCGGGGCCUCGAACCUUGUCUUCAUCUCACGAUCUGUGGACUCUGGACGUCAAGAAUAUGUCGACAAACUCCGGCAACUUGGUGUUGCUGUUGAGGUCUUGAAGUGUGACGUGUCAGAUAUAGUCGCCUUGAAGCCCUUAUUGGAGGACGCUAAGCAGCGUUUACCUCCUAUCAAGGGUGUCAUCAACUGUGCCAUGAACUUGAAGGACGGAAUCAUCGAGAACAUGGCCGUGGAUCGAUGGAAUGACGCAUUGAGGCCCAAGGUUCAAGCAACCCUCAACCUUGACCGACUCUUGAACAUGCAGCUGGACUUUUUCAUCUGCCUUUCCUCGGUUGCUGGCAUUGUUGGAUCCAGAGGACAGAGCAACUACAACGCUGGAAACACAUUCCAGGAUGCUUUCGCUCACUCACUGUCCGAGUCCAACUUCCAAGCCACGAGUCUCAACCUGAGUCUCGUCACCGACGUCGGGGUUUCCACUACACGCAACGAAGUCUUCCAGCUCUUGAAGGGAGGCGGUCUCAUUGGUAUGGACGAGCAAGAUGUUCUCAAGGUCGUCCGCGCAGCUGUGGCGGGGAGAUGUCCUCCACAGUCCGAGCCUUACUGGUUCACUGACUCGAGAUUCUCGCCGGUCCGCGCACAUGGAAUGAGCAUAGCAGCAGACAACGCUGUGGGAGAAUCGGACUUGAAGAGUCGCCUAUUGAGUAUGAAGGCUCUUUCCGAGGUUACGGAAGCCAUCCUCUUCGACCUUGUGGGCAAGGUGUGUCAGAUCGUCAACAUCUCCAGAGAGGACAUUGACUCGUCAAGAGCCGUCAACUCGUACAGAAUCGACAGUCUUUCUGCGGUCGAAACCCGGACAUGGAUCUCCAAGGAACUUGGGGCGUCAGUUUCUGUGUUCGACAUCGUCAGCAACAGCACCAUGACGGACCUUGUGGAGAAGAUUGGCCGGGCAUCAUCUUUGGUUUCGCAGAGUGUCAAAAUGUAA